CAGGAUUACCUGGCUACGGCUGGGAGGCGGCGGGAAAAACUGGCCGUGCACAGGCGCCGCUGUUACACUGUAUAUAAGACACUGGUGACUCCCAUGUGGCAUCGCACUCAUCAUGAACGCCAAGCUGGUCGCCCUCCUGGCCCUGGCCGCCGCCGCCUCCGCCGCUCGGCCAAACUACAACUUCCAGUAUGCCGUGCAGGAUUCCAACUCCCGCAACAACUAUGGCCACGAGGAGAGCCGCCAGCUGGAGAACACCAACGGUCGCUACUUCGCUCAGCUCCCCGACGGCCGCCUGCAGGAGGUGAACUACCGCGUGGACGGCGACAGCGGCUUCCUGGCCGAGGUCACCUACGACGGCGAGGCGCGCUUCCCCGACUCCGACGAGUCCUUCGAGUCCCGCGGAAGGCGCGUCUUCAGCGCCCCAAGCUCCUCCAGGUCCAGCUCCUCCUCCGGCCGCUUCGGCAGCAGCAGCGGUAGGAGCGGUUUCGGCAGCAGCAGCAGCAGCUUCGGCAGCAGCAGUGGCAGGAGCGGAAGCAGCAGCAGCUUCGGCAGCAGCAACCGCUUCAACUCCUUCGAGGACCGCUUCAAUUCUCCCGAGGACCGCUUCGAUUCACGCUUCGACUCCCGCGAGGACCGCUUCCCCUUCGCCUCCCGCGAGUCCCGCGAGUUCCCCGCGGCGCCCAGGAACCCCUUCCUCAGGGCCGCCUCACGAGGAUACCGCUACGACUAA